AAGAAAACGAAAGAGAUGAAGUGUAUAAAUGGCAUAAGCUCAACUCUCAUUAAACCCAAAUUCAGAAGCCCAUUCAAUCCUAAAACCUCAACUUCUUCGCUACUGCCAUUCAGACCUCUCUGUGUUUCAAUGUCUUAUGACAAGGAGCUCGCUGCUGCCAAAAAGGCUGCUUCUCUCUCUGCUCGUCUCUGCCAGAAGGUGCAAAAAGCUCUGUUGAAUUCAGAUGUCCAAUCUAAAUCGGAUCAAAGUCCCGUCACAGUCGCUGAUUAUGGCUCGCAAGCACUUGUAAGUUUUGUCCUACAGAGGGAACUUUCUUCUCAACCAUUUUCAUUGGUGGCUGAGGAGGAUUCAGAAGAUCUUCGUAAGGACGAUGCUGUGGAAACUUUGGAGCGCAUUACAAAGCUUGUCAAUGACACUCUAGCUAGUGAUGGAUCAUAUGAUGUGUCUCCUUUAACCAAAGAGGAUGUUCUCAGGGCUAUCGACAGCGGAAAAUCUGACGGUGGUUCUCAUGGUAGACAUUGGGUGUUGGACCCCAUAGAUGGCACAAAAGGGUUUGUAAGAGGAGAUCAAUAUGCAAUUGCAUUAGGAAUGCUAGACGAAGGGAAAGUAGUAUUAGGAACCCUGGCUUGUCCGAAUCUUCCAUUGACGUCUAUUGCCGAUGCCAAAAAAGAUGCAACGCAUGAUGAAGUUGGUUGCCUCUUCUAUGCUGAACUUGGUACCGGAACUUACAUGCAGUCGCUAGAUAGUUCAUCAGCAGUGAAGGUACAAGUCAGUGCAAUAGAGAAUCCUGAAGAAGCAUCAUUCUUUGAAUCAUAUGAAGCAGCCCAUUCUAUGCAUGACUUAUCCAGCUCAAUUGCUAAAAACCUUGGAGUCAAAGCGCCGCCAGUAAGAAUCGAUAGCCAGGCAAAGUAUGGUGCUCUAUCGAGAGGAGAUGGGGCCAUAUAUCUGCGCUUUCCUCGUGCAGGCUACCGUGAGAAAAUAUGGGAUCAUGCUGCUGGCUAUAUAGUUGUGACAGAAGCUGGAGGAGUGGCCACAGAUGCUGCAGGGAACCCAUUAGAUUUUUCAAGAGGAAGAUAUCUGGAUCUCGACACAGGAAUUAUUGUUACCAAUCAGAAGUUGAUGCCAUCGCUUUUGAAGGCGGUUAAGGAAUCCCUCGAGGAGAAAGCUUCAUCCUUGUGAUCGUUUCUGAUUUGAUUUUCCAUUUCUUUUGUCGAACAUCUAUUUAUGUGCAAAUGCUUGUUGCAAGUGAACUUUUUUUCUGCUUUAAUAAAUCCUACUACUCUGAGCAAUACAGGGUUUCCGGAUUUUAGAA